AUGGCUCAAGCAGCGAAGCAGCUGAAGAAAAUCAAAGAUAUUGAGGCACAGGCUCUGCAGGAGCAGAAGGAGAAGGAGGAAUCCAACCGCAAGCGCAGGAACCGCUCUCGGGACCGGAAGAAGAAGGCUGAUGCUGCAACCAGUUUCCUGAGAGCUGCAAGAUCUGGGAAUCUGGACAAAGCCUUGGAUCACCUCAGGAAUGGGGUAGAUAUUAACACCUGUAACCAGAAUGGGCUGAAUGCCUUGCACCUGGCUUCCAAGGAGGGCCACGUGAAAAUGGUGGUGGAGCUGCUGCACAAGGAGAUCGUUUUGGAGACAACGACCAAGAAGGGAAACACAGCCCUGCACAUCGCUGCCCUGGCUGGCCAGCAGGACGUGGUCCGGGAGCUGGUGAACUAUGGGGCCAACGUCAAUGCACAGUCACAGAAAGGCUUCACACCCCUCUACAUGGCAGCACAGGAAAACCACCUGGAAGUCGUCAAGUUCUUGCUGGAAAACGGAGCCAACCAGAACGUAGCCACCGAGGACGGCUUCACGCCGCUGGCCGUGGCUCUGCAGCAGGGCCACGAGAACGUGGUGGCACACCUCAUCAACUACGGCACGAAGGGCAAGGUGCGGCUGCCUGCGCUGCACAUCGCCGCCCGCAACGACGACACUCGCACGGCCGCCGUGCUGCUGCAGAACGACCCCAACGCCGACGUCCUCUCCAAGACGGGGUUCACUCCCUUGCACAUCGCAGCUCACUACGAGAAUCUCAGCGUGGCGCAGCUGCUGCUCAACCGCGGAGCCAGCGUCAACUUCACUCCCCAGAAUGGGAUCACUCCCCUGCACAUAGCCUCCCGCCGGGGCAACAUCAUCAUGGUGCGGCUGCUGCUGGACCGCGGGGCCCAGAUUGAGACAAGGACCAAGGAUGAGCUGACUCCUCUGCACUGUGCAGCUCGCAAUGGACACGUGCGAAUUGCAGAGAUCCUACUGGACCAUGGGGCUCCCAUUCAAGCCAAAACCAAGAAUGGGCUGUCGCCCAUCCACAUGGCAGCGCAGGGAGACCACCUGGACUGCGUGCGGCUGCUGCUGCAGUACAGCGCAGACAUCGACGACAUUACCCUGGACCACCUCACGCCCCUGCAUGUGGCUGCACACUGCGGCCACCACCGCGUGGCCAAGCUGCUGCUGGAGAAGGGAGCCAAGCCCAACUCCCGGGCCCUGAACGGCUUCACGCCCCUGCACAUUGCCUGCAAGAAGAACCACAUCCGGGUGAUGGAGCUGCUGCUCAAGACAGGAGCCUCCAUUGAUGCUGUCACAGAGUCUGGCCUGACUCCCUUGCAUGUAGCUGCCUUCAUGGGGCACCUGCCCAUCGUCAAGACCCUGCUGCAGCGUGGAGCCUCUCCUAAUGUGUCCAAUGUGAAAGUAGAGACACCCCUACACAUGGCAGCCAGGGCUGGGCACACAGAUGUGGCAAAGUACCUGCUGCAGAACAAAGCCAAAGCCAACGCCAAGGCCAAGGAUGAUCAGACUCCUCUGCACUGUGCUGCACGCAUUGGCCACACGGGCAUGGUCAAGCUCCUGCUGGAGAACAAUGCCAACCCCAACCUGGCCACCACUGCAGGGCACACACCCCUGCACAUCACCGCCAGAGAGGGGCAUGUGGACACAGCCCUGGCCCUGCUGGAGAAGGGAGCCUCACAGACCUGCAUGACCAAGAAAGGAUUUACCCCUCUCCACGUUGCAGCCAAGUAUGGGAAGGUGGAUGUGGCAGAGCUGCUGCUGGAACGUGAUGCCCAACCCAAUGCAGCAGGGAAGAACGGGCUGACCCCGCUGCAUGUGGCUGUGCACCACAACAACCUGGAGAUCGUCAAGCUGCUGCUUCCCAAGGGCAGCUCCCCACACAGCUCAGCCUGGAAUGGGUACACCCCCCUGCACAUCGCUGCCAAGCAAAACCAGAUGGAGGUGGCCAGCAGCCUGCUGCAGUAUGGAGCUUCUGCAAACGCUGAGUCCGUGCAGGGAGUCACCCCCCUGCACCUGGCAUCCCAGGAGGGCCAUGCAGACAUGGUGGCACUGCUGUUCUCCAAACAAGCCACCGGCGACCUAGGCAACAAGAGUGGCCUCACUCCUCUCCACCUCGUGGCCCAAGAGGGACAUGUGCUGGUGGCUGAUGUUCUGGUGAAGCAUGGAGUCACAGUGGAUGCAACGACCAGGAUGGGCUACACCCCACUGCAUGUGGCCAGCCACUACGGGAACAUCAAGCUGGUGAAGUUUUUGCUGCAGCACCAGGCUGAUGUCAAUGCCAAGACUAAGCUGGGUUACACCCCCCUGCACCAGGCAGCACAGCAGGGCCACACGGACGUGGUGACGCUGCUGCUGAAGCACGGAGCCUCUCCCAACGAGAUCAGCACCAAUGGCACCACUCCCCUGGCCAUCGCGAGGCGACUGGGCUACAUUUCUGUCACAGACGUGCUCAAGAUCGUCACCGAGGAAACGGACAUCCCGGCAGUCGGUGACAAGCACCGCAUGAGCUUCCCGGAGACUGUGGACGAGAUUCUGGACGUGUCAGAGGAUGAAGGCACUGCUCAUGUCACAGUAAUGGAGGAGGAGCUGAUUGCACCUAAGCCCAGGACACCUGAUCCCAGGGACCAGGAGGGCAGGAGGGAGAUGGUGGAGUUUGUGACCACAACACUGGAGCCAACGGUGGAGUCUCCAGCUGUGCUGCACAUCCCCUGCAUCCCACCUGAGACUGUGGUGACCAGAGCAGAGGAGACUGAGCAGCCUUCCAAGGAGUUCGACGAGGACUCGCUGAUCCCCAGCAGCCCUGCCACCGAGACCUCCGACAACAUCAGCCCCGUGGCCAGCCCUGUGCACACAGGGUUCCUGGUGAGCUUCAUGGUGGACGCCCGCGGAGGCUCCAUGCGCGGCAGCCGGCACCACGGGCUGCGUGUGGUCAUCCCGCCCCGUGCCUGCGCCGCCCCCACCCGCAUCACCUGCCGCCUGGUGAAGCCCCAGAAGUUGCCUGCGCCCCCGACGCUGGCUGAGGAGGAGGGGCUGGCCAGCAGGAUCAUCGCCCUGGGGCCUGCCGGUGCCCAGUUCCUCAGCCCUGUCAUCGUGGAGAUCCCACACUUUGCCUCCUCCGGGCGCGGGGACCGGGAGCUGGUGGUGCUGCGCAGCGAGAAUGGCUCUGUCUGGAAGGAGCACCGCAACCGCCACGACGACAGCUACAUGGACCAGCUGCUCAGCGGCAUGGACGAGGAGCUGGAGAGCCUGGAGGAGCUGGACAAGAAGCGAGUCUGCCGCAUCAUCACCACCGACUUCCCUCUCUACUUCGUGGUCAUGUCCCGGAUUUGCCAGGACUGUGACAUGAUCGGCCCCGAGGGAGGCUGUCUGAAAAGCACACUGGUGCCCAUGGUGCAGGCCACCUUCCCGGACAACGCUGUCACCAAGAAAGUGAGGCUGGCCCUGCAGGCACAGCCCGUGCCCGACGAGCUGGUGACCAAGCUGCUGGGGAACCAGGCCACCUUCAGCCCCAUUGUCACAGUGGAGCCGCGCCGGAGGAAGUUCCACCGCCCCAUCGGCCUCCGCAUCCCUCUGCCGCCCUCCUGGAAGGACAACCCCCGGGACAGUGGCGAGGGGGACACCACCAGCCUGCGCCUACUCUGCAGUGUCAUCGGAGGGACAGCACAAGCCCAGUGGGAAGACAUAACAGGGACCACAAAGCUAGUCUAUGAAAAUGAGUGUGCAAACUUCACCACCAACGUGUCUGCCAGGUUCUGGCUGGCCGACUGCCCGCGCACGGCCGAGGCGGUGCACUUCGCCACACUGCUGUACAAGGAGCUGACAGCCGUGCCCUACAUGGCCAAGUUCGUGGUGUUUGCCAAGAUGAACGAUGCCCGGGAGGGUCGCCUGCGAUGCUACUGCAUGACUGAUGACAAGGUUGACAAGACUCUAGAGCAGCACGAGAACUUCACCGAGGUGGCCCGCAGCAGGGACAUUGAGGUGAUGGAAGGGAUGCCUUUGCACGUUGAGCUCUCAGGGAACCUGGUGCCUGUGAAGAAGGCCACUCAGCCCCGCACCUUCCUCUUCCAGUCCUUCCGGGAGAACCGCCUGGCCAUCCCCAUCAAGGUUCGGGACAGCAGCAAGGAGGCCAGUGGCUCUCUGUCGUUCUUGCGCAAGGCCAUGAAAUAUGAGGACCUCCAGCAUGUGCUCUGCCACCUCAACAUCAGCAUACCACCAUGCAGCAAGGGAAGUGGCAGCGAGGAGAAGAGGAGGACGCUGACACCGCUGUCACUGCGGGAGCGAUACAGCAUCCUGAGCGAGACCAGCUUCGGCUCUCUGGGAAGCACAGACAAGGCAGAUCAGAAGAUGGUUGACAUAGCAGAACAGCUGGGCCUCAGCUGGGCUGAGCUGGCACGUGAGCUGCAGUUUGGGGUGGAGGACAUCAACAGGAUACGUGUGGAGAACCCCAACUCCCUGCUGGAGCAGAGCAUAGCCUUACUCAACCUCUGGGUCAGCCGUGAGGGCAAGGGUGUCAAGAUGGAGAGCCUGUACGCAGCGCUGAGGAACAUCGACCGCAGCGAGAUCGUUAGCACGCUGGAGGGCUCCGGCCGGCAGAGCCGCAGCCUGAAGGGGAGCUGGCGCUACACCGACAGGGACUACUCCCUCUCGCCGUCUCAGAUGAAUGGUUACGCUUCGCUGCCGGACGAGCUGCUGUCCCCUGCCUCCCUGCAUUACACGCUGCCAUCCCCGCUGCGUGCCGACCAGUACUGGAAUGAGGUGGCCAUCAUGGAUGCUAUCCCUAUGGCUGCCACCGAGCAGGACGCCCUGAUGGAGAUGUCUGACAUGCAGGUGUGGUCCUCGGGGCUCACACCCUCGCUGGUGACUGCUGAAGACUCCUCUCUGGAGUGCAGCAAGGCCGAGGACUCGGACGCCACGAGCGAAGGUCGUUUCCCAGGGCAGCUGCUGGCAGAUGCGCAUGGCCCUGACCACAUGGGCUCUAUGGACCUGGUUGAGGAUGACACAGUGGACUCAGAUGCCAUGAAUGGCCUGAUUGACCUUCUAGAGCAGGAGGAGGGGCAGAGGCCAGAGGGGAAGAUGCCAGCUGAUGAUCACCAGCCAGGGACUGGGGAGCAGGACCCGGAGAGUGAAGUCUCUUUUGUUUCAGUUCAGCAGAAGGUGCAAGCCAGGAUCACAGCAUCCCCCACCAUUAGCCACGUCAUGGAGAAGAGCACAGACAGGCUGAGGGACUGGAAUGCAGAAGGCUCCUUUGUCUCCUGCCUACAGGACCUGACAGCGGGUUCCUGGCAGGAGGGAGUCACUCGAAGGCUACUCCAGACGCACACCACAGCCUCCGGGCCACAGGGCCAGGAGCAAGAGCAGGUCCUGGUGCCAGCCGUGGAGCUGAUGCGGGUCAGCUCUGCAGAGGACAGCAACUGGCAGCAGGAGGCAGACAGCCACUUCUUUGGGCAGGGGAACGAAGUGUUUCAUCUUCCUGGAGAGCAGGUGACCGAGGAGCAGUUCACAGAUGACCAAGGCAAUAUCAUCACCAAGAAGGUCAUCCGGAAAGUGGUGCAUCAGCUGGGCCCUGGUGACAUGGAUCACAGGCAGGAGCAGGAGGAGCUGAUUCUGGCGGGCUCCCUGCAGGAGCCCCAGGACCUGGCAGCUGAGGAUGAUCACUUCAUUAAUUACUCCAUCCUGCAGCGGGAUGGUCUGGGGGCCAAGGAGGAGGUGGGAGUGCGCGUCCCGAAACCAGAGGUCUCCGGGGGCAGGAUGGGGGCUCAGAUAGUGAAACGAGCCAGCCUGAAAAGGGGGAAGCAGUGACCCCUCAAAUGGCCUCUUUUGAGGAUCUCACCUCAACACCAAACCACUGAACUCCACACA